AUGCCAAAGCCGAGGCGACGCUCGGCCGGAUCCGGCAGCAGCCCAUCCUCUCCCUCCUCCUCCUCCGCCGAGCCGCAGGCAUCCACGUCCCGCUCUUCCUCCUCCGGCCCUCUCGUUGCCAUCGAAAUCGGCGCGCUUGCGCUCACCUUUGCCGUGAGCAGAUCGCUUAUCACCGUCUGCUGCGUGCUCGGAGUUUUCCGCACCGCGGCACUUAUCGUCACUUUACGCUGGGCGUCAUUGCUCGCAGUCGCGGCGUUCGCAAUCGCCUUCGCUGCCGCGCCAGGCGCUCCGGUCCCCAACUUUCGCGGCUGGCCCCGUGAUCUGGCGGCUGGCAACGCAAGCACGGCGGAAAGUCUGUGUGAUGAGUUGCAAGGCGUGCCUGACGUUGCCACUUUUCUCGCCGCCGCUGGACUGCGCGCAGAGUCGCCCUCGCCGCGACCACUCAUCCUGCGCGGCGCCGCCUCAAGCUGGCAGGCGGCAGAGUGGGCACAGGGCUCGGUGGAGGAGCUCGUGGCGCGGCUCGGGCCGGAGGAGCAUGUCAAGGUGGUGUUUCCAGCGAAGAGCUCACUGCCACUGCGCGAUGCCAUCCAGCUGCUGACGGACCAAGGUCGGCAAGGUGUCGGCAACAUCUCGCGGCACUAUGUCACAGACCUUGACGGCGACGACUACUGGCUGUACUGCCCCCCUUCCGUGAAGGGGGUGCCGGGCGGCGUUGCGGAGGCGGGCCCACUCAAGGCCAUGGUGUGGAUGUCGGCGGGCGAGGUUCUCGCUGGCGAGAAGAACUUCUCGGUUGCUCCGCCCGCCGCUGGGGGUGCGUUGCGCUGGGGGCACCGCCCGACGCGACAGCUCGAGCGCGCAGAGGCUGUCGAUCCCUCUUCCCAGAUGGGCGGCUACCGCACACGCCGUUUGCACGAGCUCAGCCCCUCCUUCUCGCCGGCCGACCUGGCGCACCCGGGCGCGGCCGGCCGGUCGCUUGGGGUACUGCAGUGCCGGCUGCAUUCGGGGGACGUCCUCUACCUGCCACCGGAGUGGUGGCAUCAGGUGGCGACGCGGAGCGGUCCUGGCGGGGGGCUGAGCGUCGCGCUCAACUGGUGGCAGGGGCCGGAGCUGCUCGGCGAGACGUACAACGCGUACUGGGCGCGGCCGUACCUGCAGGCGCUGCGCUCGCUGAGCGUCGCCGCGCCGCGCGAGAAGCUCUGCGCGGCGCUCGCCGACACAGGCAGCCCGCUCGGGCGUCGCGUUUGCCGCGGGCUGACGGCGCUCCACACGACGGUGCAGGGCAGGUGGAGCUGGGCCGCGUCGGUCCUCGGAUCGAGGAGUGCAUAA